AUGGAGAAAGACGAAGAUUUGGAAGCGAAUGCCACCGAAUCGCAGCAACUUUUGCAGCGAAAUGAAUCUUUUGAUGAGGUGAGAGAGAGAGAAAUAAAAUAAAUAUUCAUUUUAUAAUCAAAUCAACAAUUUUGAUGGGGAAAAAUUGAAAUUAUUGAUUUUUUGUCCUUUUUUCUAGACCGAUAUGGUAAUGGUUCUGGAAAACGAUCAACUAAUAAUGGAGAAUCGAAAUCAUACAAGUCUUCAAAGUCCACUUCGAAGUAUCACCGAUGUUUUGCGAGAAGCCGAAAAUAUCAUAACCGACGGACCAUUACAACAAGCAACAACUCUAGAACAUCAAAAUGUUCUCAUGGAUCAAGUUGACGUGGAAUUCCUUCCAAAAACAUCGGGGAAUUCUGAAGGACAACCUUUUGAGAUCAUUGUUCGACAUUCGAAAGUUGUCGAGCAACCGACGUCGAAUUUUAAUUUGGAAGAGCAUUCGAAACGGGUCCCGAUACGAUUGACUACGGUAGUUGAGGGAAUUGAAGCGGUUGGAAAUGAGCAACAAGAUGAUGUGCCUUCAACAUCGAAUACGGUUUCCACGUGGAAGAAGGGGCAUAGAAGAGCGUGGAGUAUGCCGAAUGCGAAGGGCGAGAAAAUGACAUUGGCUGUGAUUCAUGAUAAUCAUGAGGUGAGCGGAAAAAUUGUGGUUUUGUGAAUUCUGGGACGAAAAAUCAGGUGUUUUAUAUUGAAAGAGGGUUUUCUGGCUAAAAAUCCUGGUUUUCAAUAUGGAAAUUUGAAAUAAAUAAGAUUUUUAAGGUCCUGAUACGAAAAACCCGGCUUUUUCAACUUCUGAGACAAAAAACUAUGCAUUUUCUAUUGAAAAAUUGAGUUUUUAGGCCCCAGAGCAGGUUUUCUGAGUCUCAUGGCUAAAAACCCUGGUUUUCAAUAUGGAAAUUUGAAGUAAAUAAGAUUUUUAAGGUCCUGACACGAAAAAACUUGCUUUUUCAACUGUUGGGACAAAAAACUAUGAAUUUUCUAUUGAAAAAUUGAGUUUUAAAGUCCUGAAGCGAAAAUACCUUGAUUUUUGCCAAUUUUUUCGGUCCUGAAGCGAAAACCUUGAAUUUUAACCCGAAAAUGUGACGAAAACAUGAUUUUGAUGGUCCUGACACGAAAAAACUUGCUUUUUCGGGUCCUAGACCGAAACUUCUGAAUUUUACAUUGAAAAUCUCAAGAGUUUCUGGUCCUGAAGCGAAAAUACCUUGUUUUUUGCCAAUUUUUUCGGUCCUGAAGCGAAAACCUUGAAUUUUAACCCGAAAAUGUGACGAAAACAUGAUUUUGAUGGUCCUGACACGAAAAAACUUGCUUUUUCGGGUCCUAGACCGAAACUUCUGAAUUUUACAUUGAAAAUCUCAAGAGUUUCUGGUCCUGAAGCGAAAAUACCUUGUUUUUUGCCAAUUUUUUCGGUCCUGAAGCGAAAACCUUGAAUUUUAACCCGAAAAUGUGACGAAAACAUGAUUUUGAUGGUCCUGACACGAAAAAACUUGCUUUUUCGGGUCCUAGACCGAAACUUCUGAAUUUUACAUUGAAAAUCUCAAGAGUUUCUGGUCCUGAAGCGAAAAUACCUUGUUUUUUGCCAAUUUUUUCGGUCCUGAAGCGAAAACCUUGAAUUUUAACCCGAAAAUGUGACGAAAACAUGAUUUUGAUGGUCCUGACACGAAAAAACUUGCUUUUUCGGGUCCUAGACCGAAACUUCUGAAUUUUACAUUGAAAAUCUCAAGAGUUUCUGGUCCUGAAGCGAAAAUACCUUGAUUUUUGCCAAUUUUUUCGGUCCUGAAGCGAAAAUCUUGGGUUUUAACCCGAAAAUGUGACGAAAACAUGAUUUUGAUGAUCCUGGAGCGAAAAAUAGAACUUUUUAGAUCCCGCCGCAAAAAUCUCCCAAUUUCGUAGUUUUCAAAUUUUUCGAAAUGAAAAAAUCCUGGCACGUGAAAAAAAAAAUGAAUUUUCACGUCAAACAACGUGGUGACCCUCUAAUUUUUGAAUUUUUUUUCAUUUUCGGAAAAUUUUUCGAGCAAAUCAUGUUUAUGGAUGAGCCGGUGAGAAAUAUCAGGAUUUUUCGCUUCAGGACCCGAAUUUUUGGAAAAUUUAAACUUCUAAAGUUUAUUUUCUUAAAAUUUUGAUUAAAAAAUGAUGUAAAAUCAGAAAAAUUUCACUAAAAAUGGGAAAAUUCUAAUUUUUCUCUUUCAGGAAGGCGGAAAUCAACAUCGUCGUCGAAUUGUCAAAUAUCGUCUCCACCCAAAUCGUCAAGAAACCCACGCCGAAAACCAGCCAAGUUCCUCGAACUCCACCUCAAAUCCCCCCAUCAAAUUGCUCCGUUUCAAAGAUCAAAUCAAUUUAGCAUCGGAUGACGAGGAAAAUGAUGAAUUGGAAGUGGAGAUCAAUGAAGAAGAGGUGAUUAUUCCGAAUGAGAGUGGAGAUGGUGCACGCAGUGUUAUCAAGAGGUUUUGGGAGGCGAGAUGGAAGGCGACGAAUUUUGAGACGUUGCCUGAGUGGCUGCAGGAUAAUGAAUAUUUGAGGACUGGACACAGACCGCCGUUGCCAAGUUUUUCGAGGUGAGAGAGGUUUUUGAGCGGAAAGUAUGAAAAUUUUCUGGAAAAUGAGUGAAAAUUCGAUGAAAAACACAUAUUUUUAGGUCCAGAAAUGAAAUUUGAGCCUGUUCUCAUAAAAAUUGAAAGUUUUUUUUUUGAUUUUUUAAAAGUUUUCAAAUUUUCAACGGAAUUUUCAAGUUUUUGAGCAAAAAAUGUAGAAAAUGAUCCAAAAUUCAAUGAAAAACACAUAUUUUUAGGUCUAGAAAUGAAAUUUGAGCCUGUUCUCAUUAAAAUUUUCAAAAUUUCAGUGCCAAAUUUGAAUACUGUAGCUAAAGUUUGAUAUGAGCAAUGCUGAUUUUUCUGAUUUUCAAUUAAAAACUAACAAAAAUUUAAUUUUGGAUUAAUAUGAGUAUUAAAAAACUCUGGAUUUUGAAAAAUAUGACGAUUUAACAUGAGCAAUGUCUGGAAAAUGCCUUUAGUGUUAUUUUUUCCAGUGAAAAUUUGGAAUUUUAAAUUGUAAUCUGAGCAAUGCCUACUCUCUUUUUUCUAAAGAAAAAUAUUGAAAAUCUACAAAAUUGCUAGAAAUUUUUGAUUUUCAACCUAAAAAUAGUAAAAAAUUCAAUUUUGGAUUAAUAUGAGCAAUGUACAAAAAAUCAGGAUAUGUGAAUUUCUUGAAUUUUAAUCUGAGCAAUCCAAUUUUCCAGCUGCUUCAAAUCAAUAUUCGCUUUGCACACCGAAACCGGAAAUAUCUGGACCCAUAUGUAUGGUUGUGUUGCAUUCAUCGGCGUCGGUAUCUGGUUCCUAACUCGACCCGAAACCCAAAUGCAAUUCAUGGAAAAAUUCAUCUACUCAUUCUUCUUCAUCGGCGCCGUCGUCUGUCUGGGAAUGUCAUUUUUGUUUCACACAGUCGCGUGUCAUUCUGUCGAAAUGGCCAAAUUGUUCAGCAAAUUGGAUUAUACUGGAAUAACUCUGCUGAUUGUUGGCUCGUUUGUUCCGUGGAUCUACUUUGCUUUCUAUUGUCGACCGCAACCGAUGAUUAUUUACAAUGUCAUGAUUAUUACGUUGGGAAUGGCGGCGAUGGUUGUAUCGCUUUGGGAUAAAUUUGCUGAACCCAAGUUUAGGUGAGGUUUUGGAUCGAAAUUUGGAGCAUUUUGAACCUAAAUUUGGGUAUCCUAGCUGAAAAUUUGAUUUUUUUGGAAAUUUUAUGAAAAAUGAGGAUUUUACGCUUCUCACCACGAAAUUUAGAGCAUUUCAAAUGCAAAUUUGCCAUGUUCCUUUAAAUGUUGGUCUUCCCACAAAAUUCUCUUCAUUUUGAACCUAAAUUUGACUAGUUCACAUGAAAAUUGAAGAUUUUCCGCUCCCUAUGACAUUUUAAAUAAGAUUUUGGGUCUCACCACGAAAUUUAGAGCAUUUUGAGCCUAAAUUUGGGUAUCCUCGCUGAAAAUUAGAUUUUUUUCGAAAUUUUUUGAAAAAUGAGAUGAUUUUGGGUCUCACCACGAAAAUUAGAGCAUUUUGAGCCUAAAUUUGGGUAUCCUCGCUGAAAAUUAGAUUUUUUUCGAAAUUUUAUGAAAAAUGAGAUGAUUUUGGGUCCAACCACGAAAUUUAGAGCAUUUUGAGCCUAAAUUUGGGUAUCCUCGCUGAAAAUUAGAUUUUUUUUCGAAAUUUUUUGAAAAAUGAGAUGAUUUUGGGUCUCACCACGAAAUUUAGAGCAUUUUUGAGCCUAAAUUUGGGUAUCCUCGCUGAAAAUUAGAUUUUUUUCGAAAUUUUAUGAAAAAUGAGAUGAUUUUGGGUCCCACCACGAAAUUUAGAGCAUUUUGAGCCUAAAUUUGGGUAUCCUCGCUGAAAAUUAGAUUUUUUUCGAAAUUUUAUGAAAAAUGAGAUGAUUUUGGGUCCAACCACGAAAUUUAGAGCAUUUUGAGCCUAAAUUUGGGUAUCCUCGCUGAAAAUUAGAUUUUUUUCGAAAUUUUAUGAAAAAUGAGAUGAUUUUGGGUCCCACCACGAAAUUUAGAGCAUUUCAAAUGCAAAUUUGCCAUGGUCCUUUAAAUUUUGGCCUUGCCACGAAAUUAUCUUCUUUUUGAACCUAAAUUUGACUAUUUCACAUGAAAAUUGAAGAUUUUCUCGACAUUUUGUGAAAAGUAAAGAAUUUUUCUUAUUUUCCACUAGAUUUUUUAAUUCGCCACGAAAUUCUGGUCAUUUUUGCACGUGAAAAAUACGUUUCAUAAAAAUAUCAAAUUUCAAGAUGUUGUUUUCAAAUUUGAUUCGACUGUUCAAAACAUUUCUCCAGAUGUCUAGCCAAAAAUAAAUCAUUCCUAGACCUGAAUUUUCACCCAAACAUAUUUUAUUCCAGACCUGUCCGCGCCGCUGUUUUCAUCGCCAUGGGUUUGUCUGCAAUUGUUCCAGCCAUCCAUCUUUUCAUCUCCGAUGGAAUUCGAUUUAUGUUAGAUGAGGCACAAUUGGCAUGGUUAUUGUUGAUGGGAGGAUUGUAUAUUGGAGGAGCCGCGCUGUAUGCGACACGGGUUCCUGAACGAUGUUUCCCCGGAAAAUGUGAUAUUUGGGUAGGGGAUUUUGGGAGGAAGAUGUGGGGGAAAUGGGGAUUUUUCUUAUAAUCUUGUUCGAGAGAAGUACACAGAAUUUUCUUAAUUUUCAGUAGAAAUUUCAGGAAUUUUUAGAAAAUUCUAGAUUCUAGACCUUAAAAGAUCGUCAUUUCAAAUAAAAAUUUAUAAGAAAUAAGCCACGCCCAUUUUUGCAACCCCCGCGCACACUUUCAGUUUUUUUUCCAGUUCCAAUCUCAUCAACUAUUCCACACAUGUGUUGUCAUAGCCGCAUUUGUUCAUUAUCACGCAAUAACACAAGUUGGAAUGCACAAAAUGAUGAAUGGCUCAUGUUCGGAACAAUUACUAACAAGAUAUGGAAAAGAGACGAAUCCAUCGUGGUUGGGAACAUUGUUAGGAUUAGAUGAGGAUCCGAGUGUCAGAAGCUGGACACCGCAAUAAUUUGACUUUACUAAUUUUGAUUGAGCUACGGGUGAGUUUUUUGAGGGGGAUUUUGAUCUGAAAUUGGAUUUUGAAGCAUUUUGAGGCCGAAAACCGGAAAAUUGGGCGAAUUUGAAGCAUUUUGAGCUCAAAAAUGACAAUUUUCGGGAAAUUUGAACAUUUUUCAAUAUAAUUAUGAUGAAAGUCUGAACAUUUUGAAUUUGGGAGCAUUUUGAGCCGCAAAACUUGAAAUUUGAUGGAAUUUGAAUUUUUCGACCUGAAAUGAGGCAUUUUAAGCUCAAAAAUGACAUUUUUCACUAAAUUUGAAGCAUUUUGAGUGUAAUUUUGAUGCGGAUUUGAAAAUUUUAAAUUUUGACCUGAAUUUCAACCUAGAAUUAAUUUUUGAAAUUCUGAAAAUCCAUUUUUUUCAGAUUUAA